CGGGCACUGACGGGAGCGGGGUGCAGGUUUCUCCCGCCUUCGCCCGCGGAGGGAGUGCACGUGGGUCCUGUGACCCUAGGACAGGAAAGGGGCGGGCGCGAGAGCAGAGCCGCCAGGCAGAACGACUGGCCCCGUUAGGGGUGGUGGACUUUGCCUCUGCCGAUUCCAGGAAGCACAGGACUGAAGACUGCCAGCAGCCUGCACCCUGGGCACCGUGCGGGACUUCUAACGCUGGCGUUGCGCGUGAGGACUUAGGAGGCUGUCGCGUUUGGGAGUUUUGUGCUUUGUUUUUUUUCUAGUCCUGAGCUACUGAAGAAAGAGUUUGGUGCUUGACUGUCGGAGACAUGAAUUACGCACGGUUCGUUAAUGCGACCAGCGCAGCCAGAUACUUAUCUCCCAUCCGAACCUUGGCUGAUGUCCUGGUCAGGUCACCAAAAUCACUCAUCUCCUUGGCUCCUGGAUAUCCAAAUCCGAACACCUUUCCCUUUAAAGGUGCUAUUAUCACUUUAGAAGAUGGAAAUACCAUCCAGUUUGGAGAGGAAACCAUGAAGAUAGCACUUCAAUAUUCUACAAGUUCUGGAUUUCCAGAGCUUGUAUCUUGGCUAAAACAGUUGCAAAUAAAAUUGCAUAAUCCUCCCAACACCCAUUAUCCACCUAACCAAGGACAAAUGGAUCUCUGUGUCACAUCAGGCGCCCAAGAUGGUCUUUGUAAGGCAUUUGAAAUGAUAAUUAAUCCCGGAGAUAAUAUCCUCCUAAAUGAACCAGUGUAUUCAGGAACACUUCAAGCUCUGCUCCCACUGGGCUGCAACAUUAUUAAUGUUCCCAGUGAUGAGUUUGGGAUUAUCCCAGAUGCCCUCAAAGAAAUACUUUCCAAAUGGAAGCCAGAAGAUUCCAAGGACCCCACCAAAAACACCCCCAAAUUUCUCUAUACUGUUCCAAACGGCAACAACCCCACUGGAAACUCUUUGACAGGUGACCGCAAAAAGGAGAUCUACAAGCUUGCAAGCAAAUAUGAUUUCCUCAUAAUAGAAGAUGAUCCUUACUAUUUUCUCCAGUUCAACAAGCCCUGGGCACCAACAUUUCUCUCCAUGGAUGUUGAUGGGCGUGUCAUCAGAGCUGAUUCCUUUUCAAAAAUCCUCUCCUCAGGGUUGAGAGUAGGGUUUAUAACGGGCCCAAAGCCACUAAUAGAGAAAAUUGUUUUACACACACAAGUUUCAUCCCUGCACCCCUGCAGUUUCUCACAGCUCAUGAUAUCACAGCUUCUACAGCAAUGGGGAGAAGAAGGGUUCCUAGCUCACGUAGACAGGGUUAUUGAUUUCUACAGGAACCAGAGGGAUGCCUUAUUGGCAGCUGCAGAGAAGUGGUUAAGUGGUUUGGCAGAAUGGCAUGUACCUGUUGCUGGUAUGUUUUUAUGGAUUAAAAUUAAGGGCAUUUCUAAUUCACGGCAACUGAUUGAAGAAGAAGCCAUUAAGAAAGAGGUUUUACUGGUUCCCGGGAGUGCUUUCUACAAGGACAGCUCAGCUAAUAGCCCUUACUUCAGAGCCUGCUUCUCCAUGGUUUCUGCAGAAGAGAUGGAUGUGGCCUUCCAGAGAUUAGCUCAAAUUAUAAAAGAAUCUUUGUGAAGAAGUCCAACUAAUCAUACUCCUCAUGGGAUUUUCAGAUUAAUUAGUUCUGUGUUUUGUGUGAAGGAAACAAUUAUUGAUGCUAUUCUUUCAGAGUGAUGUCAAACAUAUUAUGUAUGUGUAUCUGUAGUAGUUUAACUCAACAACUUGUGAAAUUCCUUUAAAUCCAUCAGAUUGCAAAAAUGUAUUUGUAAGCCACUUAGGCUUUUCACUUUUUAAUCCGCAAAAAAAUUAUUUUUCUUAGAGAACUUUGUAGCUGCCUUAUAGUGUUGAAUAAAUUUUCGCUGAAACUAACA